AAACUAACGUCAGCUAAGUGAUUUUCUUCUUUUAAACGCUUUUUUAAAAUAAGAAAUAUUACGAAUGAUUUAGGCUGAAUGUUGAAACAAAUGUGUAUCAUUAUUAAGUACCCAUUUCAUUGACUGCAUCUCAGACGAUUAAUGAAAGCCGUUGAAAACCGGGCUCUAUACCUAUUUCAAAGUGCAAACUCCAUUAGCUAGACCUGCACACUUUUUUAAAAAUAUAUUGAAACAUCAAUAUCAAAAGCAGCGAACAUACAGAUACAAUAUGAGUGCCGUUAAAAUGGGUUCAAGUAAAAACAUUCAACACGAUUAUGUUAAGGUCGGUGUUGUAACAGCUUUCAUAUUUUUCGAAACAAGAAUUAUGCACGUGUAUUGUCUGGUUUCUUUCUCAAAAACUAAUAAUCCUUUAAAAAAAAGAGGUUUAGGCAGACUUAAUUUAGAGUUAUGAUAUCAUAGCAAAAUGAUACAAUUUAUAACAAAGACUUGUCCUGAAUUUUUUGCACUCAUUGAAGAAGAAACAAUACAUUUUUCUAAUGAAGUUCAAUGUAGGGUCAGUCCUAUCAAUAAUAAAGUGAGAAAAAAAAAUAAUAAAGCGAGAUAAAUUGGUAGGUAUAAUAAAUGUUCCAGUGUUUCAGGAAACAACUAACAAACAAAUGUGCAUAUUUAGCUUAAUAUCGAUGUAAAAUUUUCCAAUAAUAUGUCCCCUCACUUUAUUCCUUUAGGGGUUUUUUUUUCUUGCAGGAGCGAAUGGUUCUGUCCUAAGAUGGACGCCAAAGUGAGGCUGUCCGUCUCCAUCGGCACACGGCAUACGGUGCUGACAAUUAUCAUUGGUUAGUUGGAAUGUGACGUAAAAGUGGGCGGUUCCCGGAAGGAAAGGCGACAGAGCGCAAGAAGAAGAAGAAGAAUACGGCCGAUGAGAGCAGCCAAAGAAGAAAAAGUGAUAUCCCCCGGCUCGGCGUCCACUUCUUUUAACUGAACCCGGCCACCGCUUCUGCCUUCCUUCCACCGAUGGCCGGACGAGGCGGCGGACCCGCGCGGACCAACGGCGCCGCGGCGGCCAGCAAUAAGAUCUGCCAGUUCAAGCUGGUGCUGCUGGGCGAGUCGGCAGUGGGCAAGUCCAGUCUGGUGCUGCGCUUUGUCAAAGGACAAUUCCACGAGUAUCAGGAGAGCACCAUCGGAGCGGCCUUCCUCACACAGACGGUAUGCUUGGACGACACGACGGUCAAGUUUGAGAUCUGGGACACGGCGGGCCAGGAGCGCUAUCACAGCUUGGCUCCCAUGUACUACAGAGGUGCCCAGGCCGCCAUUGUUGUAUAUGACAUCACCAACACGGACACUUUCACACGUGCAAAGAACUGGGUGAAGGAAUUGCAGCGACAAGCCAGUCCAAACAUAGUUAUCGCUCUGGCAGGGAAUAAAGCCGACCUGGCCAACAAGAGAGCGGUCGAUUUCCAGGAGGCGCAAGCGUACGCAGAUGACAACAGUUUGCUCUUCAUGGAGACAUCGGCCAAGACCGCCAUGAAUGUCAAUGAGAUUUUUAUGGCCAUAGCCAAAAAACUCCCCAAGAACGAGCCGCAGGGAGGAGCAGGCGGCGGCGGACGAUCCCGAGGGGGAGUGGACCUGCAGGAGGCGACGCCCCACGGCCGCGGCGGCCAAUGCUGCGGCGGCGGUGGUGGCAACUAACUUUCUCCACGUCCGCUGCUACCAGCUAGGAUGAAGAGGACCACGUCAGCCAGCGGUCAAACAAUGUCACCGCGUUGGGACCAAAACACGGCGGAAAUUACAAACUGUUUGGCUGGUGACCAAUCUAGUUUUAAAGCCCCUUUCCCCCCCACAAACUCACAUUUGAUGGUGGACACUUUGGGGAAGAAAUAACCCAGUCAUGGUAUUAAAAAAAAAACACCUACUUUUGUUUCUGUAUUUGUGUGGGGGGAUGGGAGAAAAGAAAUAUAAUACAACAAGAAUGAAUGAAAAGUCAUUCCCACUUUGGGAAAAGAUUUAAGAAGAGGUGGACUUGUUUCUUGGUAGAACGGCGAUAUUCUCAAUUUUAAAACCGUAUGAUUCAGUUUCAGACGACCCAACAAUCACCCAAACAUGAAUCGUAAUACUUCAUUAGCAUUAACGUCACCCAUGCGUAGUUUAAGCAUUAAAUUUCAAUAACAACCACAAUUUUUUUUAUUAAGACUUAAUACCCACUGAAAGCAAACAUCUUCUCUGUAUGUUUCGGCAUUAUUUUCAGUUUUUUCUUGUUUCAUGUCUUCAUUUGUUUUCUAAACAUCUAUGGUAUUAAAUGCACUGGUUCCGUCUCAUCAUUUGAUAUGUGAAUCGAGGUGCUUGCUUUGGCGAUUUUCUUCAUUUGUCCUCUGCGCAGAAAAGUUAUGGGUGGGAGGCCGGAAAGUGUCAUUUUACUAAUAAACCAGGAGGAGUUCA